AUGGCAUUAGCACACGCCCCCAUCACGGGGUUUCUGAUAGGCAUUUCCGUGUAUUACUCAAGUGCUGCGAUUCGUGGUCACGUGGUUUCGCAAUCUUCUCGCACUGUACUGGGCUGGACAGCCACCAUCAAGCGCUUCCCAAUACUCACAUUUCCACUGGGGACAUUGGGGAUCUCCAUUUUUGAUCUUGGUUGUGCGUUGUUCAUAAUUAUACAGAUGCGUAAACUGGAACGACGAUGGGGAUCAGCGUCUUUUCUCGCCUUCGUUGUGACAACUGCAAUGAUAAGUUCAUUUAUUAUCAACGUCUGUGUUGUUAGGGGAUCUUCCUUGUCGUUGCCAUUCGAACAGCUUCAAGUCCUAUCCGCAGCCGGGUCACUCAUGCCGCUAGCCUCACUUGUGACGCGUUUCAUCAUGGAGGUGCCAUCGCUCGACGCGUGGGAGUCUUUUUCGUUCCCUCUAGCAAUAAUUUCGAAGCCGCUGCUGACAUUGUCGAUGUUGAAACUAAUUGUGUGCCCUGAAACGGAACUCCCGAUGCGGACGUCACGCCUUCGCGGGAGCGUAAUUCGUGCGGAUGCGGGCCUCUACACUCGCCUGGUGCUUACCCUUCUGGGAGUUGUUUUCGGUCUCGCCUCGGGACGGCAGGGGCCAUUGGCAUGGUUCUUAGGUUUGUUCAGCCGGCGUGUGUGUCGUCCUGUCAUGCGGUUACUGAAACCAAUUCUCAACAUAGUCGGUGGUCAGAGUCCCACAGUGGAAUUAAAGCCACUCAAACGGGCGGGAAAUGUAAGGGCGGCAACAGACGGCCGCUACACCGUGGAUAAUUUGGUUGAAGGAGGUUAUAUGAAUGACGAUGAAGCAUUCGGGUUGUGGUCAUCAGGGGGUGCUCGACACCGACGCAACGCGAGGCCCAUGCCGCAGCGGGAGGGGCAAAAUCCCACAGGUAAUCAACAGACCACCCAUCGGCCCGUCGGCGGUCGCGUUGGUGACGUUGAAGUGGAUGAACGUGUCGCUCAGAUAAUGGAAUUGGGAAUGGGAUUUAGUGCUGAAGACAUUCGACAUGCUUUGUCAGCGGCCGGUGGACAGGUAGAUGUUGCUGUAAAUGUGCUUGUUGGUGCCUAG